AGACGGGUCCGCACCCGAGAGGGAACUUCUCGCCUCGCAAAGCCCAUAAUACUGCGGUUGGCCUUGUCACCCUCUGCAUUCGGUCCUGGAGCUUUGCACCUCUCGCUGCUCUAGCCUCAAUCCUUAUCGCCCACUCAGGUUUGCGCACAAAGCGAGUCGCAGAAGCCACAAAUCUGCCAUCACCAGUCUCGAAUUGGUUUGUCGGUCUCACGUUCGACGCAAUCGCCUAUCGCCAAGAGACGCACUCAACGAGUUACCUAACCAUCCUGCUCUGGCUUCACCCACCCCGGAACCUUGACAACAACCCCGCCUUUGCGGGCCUCGUUCGAUCGCCAUAGCCCGCUUCUCAACUACAAACAAGCAACACAAUGGCUGAAUUUGUCCGCGCCCAAAUUUUUGGGACCACCUUCGAGAUUACCUCGAGGUAUUCUGACCUGCAGCCGGUUGGCAUGGGAGCUUUUGGCCUGGUCUGCUCCGCCAAAGAUCAACUCACCAACCAGAAUGUUGCCAUCAAAAAGAUCAUGAAGCCUUUCAGCACCCCGGUGCUCGCCAAGAGAACUUAUCGAGAGCUGAAGCUGCUCAAGCAUUUGAAGCACGAGAAUGUUAUCUCGCUCAGCGAUAUCUUCAUCUCGCCCCUGGAGGAUAUCUAUUUCGUCACGGAGCUCCUGGGAACCGACCUUCACAGGCUUCUCACGUCUAGGCCGCUUGAGAAGCAGUUCAUCCAGUACUUCCUCUACCAAAUUAUGCGAGGCCUCAAAUAUGUCCACUCUGCUGGUGUCGUUCAUCGAGACCUGAAACCCAGCAACAUUCUGGUCAACGAGAACUGCGACCUGAAGAUUUGCGACUUUGGCCUGGCGCGCAUUCAGGAUCCCCAGAUGACGGGCUACGUGUCAACACGCUACUACCGUGCCCCAGAGAUUAUGCUUACAUGGCAAAAGUACGACGUUGAAGUCGAUAUCUGGAGCGCGGGCUGCAUCUUCGCCGAAAUGCUCGAGGGCAAGCCACUGUUCCCCGGAAAGGACCACGUCAACCAGUUUUCCAUCAUCACGGAGCUCCUGGGGACGCCACCUGAUGACGUUAUCAACACCAUUGCUAGUGAGAAUACGUUGAGAUUCGUCAGGUCCCUUCCGAAACGCGAGCGGCAACCGCUCAAGAACAAGUUCAGGAAUGCCGAUCCUCCAGCAAUUGACCUCUUGGAGCGGAUGCUGGUCUUUGACCCGAAGAAGCGGAUAACAGCAGCCGAGGCGCUGGCGCAUGAGUAUCUGGCGCCGUACCACGAUCCGACCGAUGAGCCGGUGGCAGAAGAGAAAUUCGAUUGGAGUUUCAACGAUGCCGAUUUGCCUGUGGACACAUGGAAGAUCAUGAUGUACACGGAGAUACUUGAUUACCACAACGCUGAGGCUGGUGUCGCGGCACACCAGCUCGACGAGGGGCAGUAUGGCAUGGCCCAAUGAGACUCGAGGAGGAAUGACAGUCGUCAUGAUUCCGUCUGUUUUAAGUCACUGGGCGUUCGGAAGGGAAACGGAAGAACGAGCUGGCAUUUCUUGGUUGUUGGCGGCCGAACAGACAAGACCAAAACAUGUUCGGGUGGUAUAAAUUCCCAGCAGGAGGGUUGGGUUUUUUGGAAGUGCGAGGCACAAUAAGUAGAGCGCUGC